CGCAUGUUAGCAAAGCGAGGGAUUCGCGUCACGGCGCAAGGAAGAGUGAGAAGUGUUUCGACACUGGAACUGUUAUUAUUUUUCAUCAAAUUUGGAUUUUUUUUGAGGGAUUAAAAUGGGGAAAGCUGAUUUUCUAAGUCCUAAAGCGAUUGGGAAUAGAAUCAAAGCCAAAGGCCUUCAAAAACUGCGCUGGUAUUGCCAAAUGUGUCAGAAACAGUGUAGAGAUGAAAACGGGUUUAAAUGCCACUGCAUGUCCGAGUCUCAUCAGAGACAGCUGCUGUUAGCUUCAGAGAACCCUAACCAGUUCAUGAGCUACUUCUCAGAGGAGUUCAAAAGUGACUUCUUAGAGCUGCUCCGAAGACGUUUUGGGACUAAGCGAGUUCACAAUAACAUUGUGUAUAAUGAGUACAUCAGUCAUCGGGAACACGUUCACAUGAACUCUACUCAAUGGGAAACUCUGACCGACUUCACCAAAUGGCUUGGGAGAGAAGGUUAUUGCAAAGUGGAUGAGACACCCAAAGGCUGGUACAUCCAGUACAUUGAUCGUGAUCCGGAGACGAUCCGCAGACAGGAGGAGCUAGAGAGGAAGAAAAAACAGGAUAUGGACGAUGAAGAACGCAGCGCCAAAUUCAUCGAAGAACAAGUUCGCCGCGGCCGGGAAGGCAAGGAGCCGGAGGAAGAACCGGUGUACACAGAACUGAAGCGAGCGAAUGAAGAUGAGAAAGUAGCUUUUAACUUAGACAUUGCUUCAGCAGGACCUUCUAAAACAAGGUAUAACCAGUCUAAAAGUCUCAUAAAGCAUUAUUUCUAUAGUUUGGGUGAAGGAUGUAACAAUAACUAUGUGUUUAAUUUCUAUAGCACCACUUUGGGUCCUAGUGCCCUCAAAGCUGCAGCCUCUGCAAAAAGGAAAGAGUCAUCCCAUAGCGGAGAUUCUAAGGACAAGAAAAAGAAAUCUGCUCUGGAUGAGAUAAUGGAGAUGGAGGAACAGAAGAAGAAAUCUGUAAGAUCAGAUAACUGGAUCCAAGCAAACAUUGUAGUCAAAGUGAUAACUAAGAAACUGGGAGAGAAGUAUUACAAAAAGAAAGCAAUCAUUCGGGAGGUGCAGGAUAAAUACACAGCUGUGGUGAAGAUGAUCGACUCUGGAGACAAACUCAAAUUGGACCAGAGUCAUCUGGAGACAGUCAUUCCAGCUCCUGGUAAGCGAGUUUUGAUCGUGAACGGUCAAUAUAAAGACACGGAGGCUAUCCUGGAAGGCAUAAAUGAGCACAAAUUCUCUGCUACACUCACGUUGGACUCAGGUCGGAUGAAAGGAAAGACAGUGGAGGGGGUUGCAUAUGAAGACUUCUCCAAAUUGGCCUGAUGUUUUUCUUCUCCACAUCGCCUCUACUGUGUCAGAGUGCAUAAUAAAGACUCCUAAAUGAUCUGAUUUACAUAUUGGAACAAAAUGACCAGGUUUUAUUGUGUUUAUUUGUCCAUUGUUACCUCUUUUGUCAUUGAAAAUGGUUGCAUAUGAUUAAAAUGUUAAAUUAUUCAAACUUUGAAUUAAAUGUUUCACAAA